AUAAACUCCAAGGAAGAGAGUGAUGGAGUAAAGUGGGCUGGGGGCGAUAGAAAGGAUGGGGUGGGGCACCAGGACGAGAGAAGCUAGAAUGAAAGAGAGGGACGGAGGAGAGAAGAGAGCAGAGCAAUACAAAAGCAGCCUCGGAUCUUGCCGGAGCUGCAAGCGUUAAGGGGAGGCGGGGAGUGACGCGGUUUGCGUCUGGAGCGGCUCCUUGGAGUCCACAGCAUCCACCGACGAGCCUCGCCUUCCUUUCUCCCUCUGCAGACACAACGAGACACAAAAAGAGAGGCAACCGCUAGACCUGCGUGAGGGACCCACUCGCACCAUGACCGAGACCACCAAGACCCACGUUAUCUUGCUCGCCUGCGGCAGCUUCAAUCCCAUCACCAAAGGGCACAUUCAGAUGUUUGAAAGAGCCAGGGAUUAUCUGCACAAAACUGGAAGGUUUAUUGUGAUUGGCGGGAUUGUCUCCCCUGUCCACGACUCCUAUGGAAAACAGGGACUCGUGUCAAGCCGGCACCGUCUCAUCAUGUGUCAGUUGGCUGUCCAGAAUUCCGACUGGAUCAGGGUGGACCCUUGGGAGUGCUACCAGGACACUUGGCAGACGACCUGCAGCGUGUUAGAACACCACCGGGACCUCAUGAAGAGGGUGACUGGCUGCAUCCUCUCCAAUGUCAACACACCUUCCAUGACGCCUGUGAUUGGACAGCCACAGAACGAGACCCCCCAGCCCAUUUACCAGAACAGCAACGUGACCAACAAGCCCACUGCAGCCAAGAUCUUGGGGAAGGUGGGAGAAAGCCUCAGCCGGAUCUGCUGUGUCCGCCCGCCGGUGGAGCGUUUCACCUUCGUAGAUGAGAAUGCCAAUCUGGGCACGGUGAUGCGGUAUGAAGAGAUCGAGCUGCGGAUCCUGCUGCUGUGUGGUAGUGACCUGCUGGAGUCCUUCUGCAUCCCAGGGCUCUGGAACGAGGCAGAUAUGGAGGUGAUUGUUGGAGACUUUGGGAUUGUGGUGGUGCCCCGGGAUGCGGCCGACACAGACCGAAUCAUGAAUCACUCCUCAAUACUCCGCAAAUACAAAAACAACAUCAUGGUGGUGAAAGAUGACAUCAACCAUCCCAUGUCUGUCGUCAGCUCAACCAAGAGCAGGCUGGCCCUGCAGCAUGGGGACGGCCAUGUUGUGGAUUACCUGUCCCAGCCGGUCAUCGACUACAUCCUCAAAAGCCAGCUGUACAUCAAUGCCUCCGGCUAGCAGUUACACAGCGCUCGGCUCCACGUUCCCUUCCUCCUCCGCCAGCACAGUGGCCCCUCCAUUUCUGUCAGCCCCCUGUUUCUCUCCUACCUUUCUGUUUCUCCAUCUCCUCGUCUUGACUGUUUUCCCUACUUGCUGACUUAACCCCCCAUAGUGUGGGGAUCUGCAGAGAACCAUGGCAUUCCCUAUUCCACAGUCGUCUUUGGACAGACUUUCCUCUAGUCUCCGGGUUGGGGGUGGGUGAGGGAAUGGGGUGGGAGUCAGGGGAAGCGCAGUCCUUGGAGAGGUACUGGUGUCCGUCUCCCAGCAUGCUCUAGGGAGGCGGCUCUGGUGCCCAUCCUCCCAGCAUGCUCUGGGGAGGCGGCUCUGGUGCCCAUCCUCCCAGCAUGCUCUGGGGAGGCGGCUCUGGUGCCCAUCCUCCCAGCAUGCUCUGGGGAGGCAGCUCUGGCUCUCGCCUUCCCAGCAUGCCCUUUACUACAAAGGGCUAUUUUUCUUUUCUUUCGUUUUUCUUUGUUCACUCCUUGUAGAACUCAGAUGAAAUCAGUCCAUGGUUCUUUAUGUUCGUAGUCUUGAUGUGCUCCUGUGGUAUUACUUCCCCUCUGAUAGGACACUGUAGCCAGCCUCAGCACUCAGUGAGUGCAUCAGGGCCACACCCAGUAGAGAAGGCCAAGCAACCUCCACUUCUCUAGUAACACACACACACACACACACACACACACACACACACACACACACGCAGAUACGUGCACACACACACAGCAGUAGCAGCAGCAGCAGCAGCAGCAGCAACUUCUGAUCAGGAUUGAGAUUUUCAGGUUCUGAAACCUGGGAGGCAAAUCUGGGUUUUCUCAGAAAAAUUUGAAUCUAUUUCCUUAGUUUCAAAGGACCAUUUCCCUCAUGCUCUGAGCUAUGAUCACACACAGCCAGUCCAUCCUCAUUUCCUGGUGGCAUCUGUUCGUUUACUUUUGUGAGCUGUAGCUGAUGGCACAGUGCGAGUUCCCUACCAGCCAGGGAUUUCCAAGGGACCAUCGGAGGCCAUGCUUAGACACAUUCCUGCGUCUGAGAAGAAUCACACAGGCAGGACCUGAUCCAGAUCACACAGUCAUGUCUUUAAAAAAAAAUACUAGGAAUCCACUCAAUCCUGGAGGUCCUUGCUAAUUGGAAUUAUUUAUUAUCUGUAGGGCUGGGAAAAGUCUCUUCCAUCUUGUAAGUCCCGGAUGACCUAAGAGAAAGCAAUUUGUUGCCCUGAUGAUAACUGAACGAUUUUCACCCUCUCCAGCUGAGGUAACUCAGACAGUGCCUGGGGUCAGCUCCUUCUUGAGAAGCAGUGCCUUAGCCUUGUUUCUGUGGUUGGUUCUAGCCCCUGCAGAGCCCAGAAGCUGCAGGAACUGUCUGAGAAAAUCUCCUUAACAGAGGAGUGGGUUCCCAGAAGGGAGAUCUAGGAGGGGUCAGGAGCCACUAAGUUGUUUCACUCCUUUUUCCACGAAUUUUCUACCUUCCUUUCUGCUCCCGCAGAGAGUUUUGCCAGGUUAUUAGGGUCUCACGCAUGUCCUGAGAGCCAUAAGGAAAUUGCUCUGUUGAGCUUUGUGUCUCUCAUCCAGUCUCUGGCUCUUGGGUUUCUGGCCUUUGAGAAAUAGUCCUUGAGUGCUAGGAUUCUUUUAUCAAAAUCGAGUACCAGCUAUGGCCAGGAGGGUCCAGGUGAGACUUGAAAGCAAAGAUAAUAAUCUUUACCACACAUUUCACAUCUGCAACAUCCUUCAAUUGCAGGAAAAGGAACUUGAUUUACCAGAAGAACAUGAUACAGCAGCAUCCAAAAGGUCUGUUAAUCCUCUUGGAUUUUUUGAAAUAAUCUUCAGAGGAAGGAAGGAAAAUCCUAUUUUUGGGUCUCAGUGUUUGACUAGGGAUCAUGAAAUAAUAAACUGAAAAAAACUUGUGAGUUCAGUUGAUCCAACACUUUCCUUUAAAGGGUGAGGGAGCAGAGGCCCAUGAGAUUAAAUGGCUGGUCCAGGUCAGCCAGCAGGUAUAGGCCCUGACAAGAGGAUAUUGUUUCCCUGACACCUAGGCCAUCAUAACAUACUCUCCAUUUCCUCAUGUUGCUGACCAGGUGCCAAUGUGAUUUCUACACUUCCCAAACCUUAUCCUGGCAUCUUUCUCUUAAAUUAUGUCUGUUCCAGGUGCUCCUCACACACAGGCUAGUAAUGUCAGUCCCAGGGGAGGGUGUGACGGUAAGGAAGGCCACUGCUAGGUUUCCUUUAGAAAUAAAGAGAUCUCAACAGCUUGAAGGAAAUCCCAGAAACUGAUUCUGUGAAUCCAAGAAAGAAUUGCUUUGUGGAAGGUGAAGGAAGACCCAGAGAGUGCUCAGGAUGAUACUACUGCUGGAGAAAGAAAGAUGGAAGAGCCUUUGUCCAGGCAGAACAGUCAUAAGCCAGGAAAUGAAACAAAGGAAAACAGGAGCCUGAAUUUCCUGGGGAAACAUGGCUUGUUUAACGACCUGGAGUUAAGGGUGGAAUUUAUGAGGAUCCACAUGAGCAGACCUGAGGAAGGCUUGAUUUAUUUUAUUUCUUUGGUCCACUCUGUUACUAAGCUCUUGUCAGUCGGCAUUUGGCCUACACUCUGCCCUCUUAGCGUGCGGUCGGAAGGCAUGUGCGAGUGGAGAGGGAAGGUGAGAUGAAUCAAGACAAAGAACAGGUGCCAUAGAAGUAGAUUUCCAGGAAUGAAGUAGAUUUCUAGGAAUGAAGUACAGGCCUGUACUAAAAACAGGUGUCCUAUUUAAUAUAAAAAGAAAGUGAAUCUUUUUUGGGGUAGAAUCGUCCAUUCCCCACUCCACCCUACUCUUUAUUUGCUGGGAAAAGGUCAGAGUACAACAGAAUCCAGAACAGGAUGCUGUGACCGUGACCCAGCCACAACCAAUACCAGAAAGAUGAUUCAGAGUCUGAAGUGGUGCCCCACGUGCCAAUAGGAUAACCUCUGGGCCCUGACUUCGCCUCUGGGAUCCUGCUCCUUCCUGUAAAGCCCAAUCCAAGACUGGCAUGGCUCAGAGGUUGUGUGAAAGGCAUGAACUGGAACAAUCGUGUCCCGAGGGGUCUGGAGCUUUGUUUCCUGCCCACCAGCAAAAAGUGUCCCUCCCAUUUUUCUGAAAGUGGCUAAUGUAAGAACAGGCAGGAGGAAAACCCUUUUUGUCAAUGACUGUCCUUAAGGAAUGGUCCUCUGGGAGGGCUGUGCUGCUAGUGGGUACCUCAGUCACACCCCCCCAACCCUGGUAGCCUCUAGAGCCUCUUGCUUUCAUUUUCCUUGAAUGUACAUAGGAACAGUGGGGAAAAGUCUCUUACUGAAGUGCCUGAAACCCAAAGCUAGAGCUUCUAGAGAUGCCGUUCUUCCUGUCUCAGCUUGGCCAGCCUUUCAACAGUGUUCUCUAGUUUCAAGCUCUGGCUUCUCAGAAAGAAUUAAAGAACUUGCUGUUCAAAUUAAGUAGAAAGUGAGACUCAAUAACUGAAGUACAGCAAAAGAGAAUUACAGGGAGAAACAACUUGUACUUUAGCAGCCCAACCUACUCUCCCCAAACUCUCUCUCUCAUACACACACACACACACACACACACACACACACACACACACACACACUUUUAGGGGACUAAGAGAGAGAAGCAUGUUAUUACAUUUUACUCAUCCAAACAGUAAUGCAAAAAUAAUAGAAUAUGAAAAGCUCAGGAUCUCUCCCAAGGCUACCUACUGCAGGAGAGCCAGCAGGUGAGAUGGGAAGAAUGGAAACAGGGACCGAUUUUGUAGCUCAUACAGUUAGGACACCUUAGGAAUAGCACUGUAGUAAUGGCGAGAAUAUACUCUGCCAGAUUCAUUCAGUCUUCACCUUCUUAUGGCUGCCCUGUGCGCUCGCCUCUUCAUGUGGUCUCUUUGUAGCGUGAGAUUGGAGUGUCCUAUUAGCCUGUUCUGGUUAGGAAUGAGUUAAUGGCUCUUUCCCUCCAUCUGAGUCUAGUCCUGGGGCUGAGGAUUCAGCUGGAUCCCCAUGGUCUCGAGGGUUGGCAUGGGGAGGGGGAAGCUUUUUUUGAAUCACUUUUUGAACACAUAAUCUGCCAUUUUAAGAGUAAGAUUUGCUUUAUGGAAAUCAAUUCAUUAAUAAAAAAUGAUAUUCAAGUUGCAAUACCAUUUCACAGUGAAAUAUUUUGAGUAAAAUUUUGUUGCUAGAAUAGUCAUGGGCAAGAGUUUUAUGCAAAAUGUUUCAAUUAUGUUAAUAAAUAAGACAAUGCUACUAGA